AUGCCCACCCAAGCCGCUUCCUUCACAGCCACGCAUACAAUCAUCGCGGGCAGCAGCAGCAGCAGCAGCAGCGCAGUCACGCAAGCUGAAUGGACGUCGCUGUCUGCAUUGCGGUGGGUGUGUGCCAUGCUGCUGCUCCCGCUCAAUGCAGGUGGAAGAGUAGUAGUGGCCGCACUGGACCUGCCUUCCACCGUAAAAGUCUGCUUUCCGCUGGUGCCUCCUUCGGUUAGCAGCCGUCCCUUCCACNGCGCCGUCGCUGUCUGCAGUGCGGUUGGUGCGUGCCACGCUGCUGCUCCCGCUCAAUGCAGGUGGAAGAGUAGUAGUGGCCGCACUGGACCUGCCUUCCACCGUAAAAGUCUGCUUUCCGCUGGUGCCUCCUUCGGUUAG